UCCGUUCAAAAUUGUCAGAAAAGAUCACUACGCUUUUCGGUGCCGUGCAAUCAAAUCUUAGAGGAUCCUAAACUCUGUUGUGACUAGACAAUCCUAAUGAGUUUCAUAUUUUGGCCCCGGGUCCACAGUAAACAGUGUGCCUCAGUGGGCAUUAUUAAAUUGUAACGGAUCUUGGAUAAACAGGUACAAUUAAGCUUAUCCAUCCCCACAAACCAAAACUUUUACAUUGAGCCCAACCCAUAUACACACACGUGCCAAAUUCUUCAGAAUUCGAAGCCACCAAGUCUGUAAUGAUUUCAUCGAGCGAAUGAACUGUACAAAUUCUGGAUUUGGCAGAGCCCACAAAAAUGAUUGUGCUGUUCUACAUCACAAUUACAUGGAAUUUGUUCCUAUUCAUUUUGACUGAUAUACCUCUGGAUAUACCCAUCUACAUCUUCUUUGAAUUUCAUAGGAGGAUGUCAUUGCUAUAGCCUCAAAAGUAUUCGUGUAUACCAGCACAUGGGUAUUGUGGCUUCGUAGUUUGAAUAGGGUAUAAUUUGACUCCAUGGAGGAUCCAUCGCCUCCAUCAUAUACUUCUUCAAUAGGGGAAUGCAGUUGGGCUUUGGAGGAUCAGAAUGGAACUGUAGAAGAAGAUGGUGAAGAAAUUCAAAGUUCUUACAGAGGAUCUUUGGACAAAAUGUGGUCCCUCGAAGACUCGCUUCCUAUAAAGAGGGGACUUUCUGAAUUCUAUAAUGGUAAAUCACGCUCCUUUACAUGCUUGUCAGAUGCAAUUUAUGCUAAAGAUAUCAUCAAGCCUGAGGACACAUAUGCUCGGAAAUUGAAGAUUUUAAGAACACAGAGUAUCGGCAGCUUGGAUAGACACCGUUCUUGUUAUCUGCGUAAUUCAUCUGCUGGAGUCUGCAAAAGCAACAGCUUCUCUAAUCCGGGCUAUUUAACAUCUGUUGCAGAAACAAAUGCAGAAUCAGACACUCAAGAUGCAUCGUUUAGGCUAUCUGCUUCAAAAAAUGUUAUGUCAAUGACGGAUAUACCAAUUGCUGGGUCUCAUGAAGUGACACAGAUUAUGCUAAAUACAAAAAAUAAUCAACACCAGCAGGAUAUAAUUGAAACAAGCAGUGCUCGUUGAAGGCAACUUGUAAGGCAAAGCCAUUUUAGGGAUAGGUUUUAGUGUGGAAAUGAAGUAUAGUAAAAGUUAACAGUUUAAAACAAUGGUUUUAGUUAUUUUUUCAAAAGUUGUUUGAGAUGUUGCUUCUCCACUCUUAAUUGGAGAAUGGUUUAAGUUAGCAGGAAAUUUGGCGUUAUGUAUAUGCUGAGCUUUUAUGCUAUUGGUGUUGCGUAAAUUGAUCUUUGGUUCUGACGCAAGAUACUAUAGCCAUACAUGUGAGAUAGUCUGGUAGAUUGUUUCUUUUCCGAAGAAAUAAAUCUUUCAUCACAUCAAUGAUCAAGAUAGUAUUCUAUUGGAACACAAUGACAAGACUUCUCCUUAUAAAAGAAAAAGCUGACAUUUGAGCAGGGACUUCAAUAAGCAAGGCAUCGACAUGUUUAUUGAAAGCAAAAUGCUUACCUUAGACUUUUAUAGCCAAAAUUGUGCUUCAAGAACCUUGGCUUCCCUAAGACGAUUUUGGAAGUGUCAUCUUUGAAAUGUCGCCAUAUAUCUUGUCUUCCACAAGAUUCUAAUGGUGGACAACUGUAUUGUAUGUCAAAGUUCUGCAGACAUUCUUAAUCAUCUGAGUGUCAUUAAAAAAAACAUUUUCAAAAGAAGAGGCAACGACAAAUUA